AUGUCGGGAACUCCGUGUCCUCUGUUUAUUUGCUCAUCUUGCCGCUGUCGUCUGGCCAACCUUAGGUUCUCUUUUGGCCUGACAUCAGAUCCAAUCACGAGGUUUGCUGCCCUCUUUGCUAGUUUGAUUCAUGACCUUGACCACCCUGGAGUUCCCAACACGACUCUGGUUAAAGAAAACGAUCCUCUUGCGACAAAGUACCAUGGCAAAAGCAUUGCUGAACAGAAUUCUGUGGAACUUUCGUGGGGCAUUUUGAUGAAGCCUGAAUUUGGACAACUACGUGCUUGCAUCUACACAAACGAAGAUGAGCUGACUCGGUUCCGGUCCAUCGUGGUGAAUCUGGUACUUGCAACAGAUAUCAUGGACAAGGACCUCGGAGCACAAAGAAAGGAUCGUUGGGCUAGGGCUUUCAACAGCAAUGAAGGUCCCCUGCCUUCUCAAAGCAGCAAGGAAAACAAAGAAACGGAGGUGAAUAGGAAAGCAACGAUAGUUUUGGAGCACCUGAUCCAGGCCUCGGAUAUUGCCCACACAAUGCAACACUGGCAUGUCUACCGAAAAUGGAACGAGCGCUUGUUCUGUGAGAUGUACCAGGCUUACAAGGACGGCAGAUCUGACAAGGAUCCUUCAGAGGGCUGGUAUGAAGGAGAAAUCGGGUUCUUUGACUUUUACAUCAUCCCUCUGGCUAAAAAACUUGAA